CUUUAUACGAAGCACUUAUUGACCGCCACAGACAGGGACUAUUUCCUUCACUUUCUUGUCUGCGGGAUUAGAUUUCAUGGUUUAUAAAAAUGUUUAAGCCUUCCCAACCCAUGAUGGCGCGCUUGCGCUUGACCACGAAGCAAGUCAAUGGCGGUUACUACAAGGGAAACCGGACUGGCUCCAUGGGACACUGGGGGAAAAAUGGCUCUACCUAUAUCAUUGACUGGAACAAAGUCCGCACUUAUGUUGUCCCCGAUAGCCUCAGUGAAUUUAAGCUCACACCGUUCGUAACGAACAAGAUGCCUCCGACGAAGAGCAAGUACACGAAAGAGGAAAAUAAGAACGGUAGAAAUAUUGUAUACCAGCGGGCUCUGGAAGGCGAGGACUAUCUCCAGGUAUGGGCAUUGGAGAACGCACGGGAAUCCAUAGCGCUCGAGGAAAACUCGGAGUUGCUGGGGCAGAAAAGGACCACCGGUGAUGAAACCAAAUAAUGGAGAUUGACAUUAUGGGUCUGGAAACUGACAGCGAAACACCUCUCUCCCCUCCGGACCGUCGUCCUCCCAAAAAGACCUCCAACGACAGUACACUGCGCAAGAGUUCCUUUUUAUUUUAUUCUGUUUGUAUUAUAUUUGCGGGUGCGGAACUUGGUACAUUGGACUAGGAUUCAUAAUGCUGUUCUACCUCAAGCGGCGCCGGUGGGUUGGAUUUUCAGAACAACAGGGGCCGAAUCUGUUGAAAUACAGAUCUUCAUGGUCUACACUAAAUCUGGUAUACUUACGAAUGUAAAAUCUUCUAUUCAAAUCCAU